UCGACAUCUGCCUUGUACAUUUAAUUGAGUUUACAUCGCUGAUGUGGAGCGUCAGCUUGACUGUGUAAUACGAUCGGUGAGGUCAACACGAUGAACGCGCUAAUUCGAGUGGCGCUCUUGGUGCUUCUAGCAAAUCAAGUUUUAACUCAGAGAACCGGCAAUCUUCAAACCGGGGGCAGAAGGAGUUCCCGUGAUGCUCUCCGGCUGGGGCAGCAAUUUGCUAAUGGAGACCUGAGCAGCUGUAGGCCCAAUAUACAGUGCCCGUCUGAAGUCGAGGCAUCAAAAUUCAGAACUGCCGAUGGCACAUGUAACAACAAAGAACACCACGGCUGGGGCAGUGCGCUCAUUCCAAUGAGAAGACUACUACCCCCUCAAUACGGAAACGGCACGUCGACUCCCAGACUUGCAAAAAGCGGCAAAGACCUGCCAAACGCUCGUUUAGUGAGCAGGGUCAUGCACUCAGACGACACGAGUCAGGCCGAAGAUGCCGGAGUGACCCACAUUGUCAUGCAGUGGGGUCAGUUCCUUGACCACGACAUCACCCUAACACCCCUCCAGGAGGCGGAAAAUGCGGAUGGCUCAAUCAGUCAGUACGUGUGUUGUGAGGAUGCAUUCACCAGUGAUGCGCCCAAUGACAGGACCCUCUUCACAGACAUAAAUACGUGUGACGCCAUCACUAUUCCUGACGACGACACGUACUUCACAUCAAGGACCUGUCUGAACUUUGUGCGAUCCAUCCAAGUCCCCAACACAGGCUGUAAUGGAGGUGUCGCUGAGCAGCUGAACCAGAUAACGGCCUACAUUGACGCAUCCAACGUCUACAGCUCAUCGGAGGCUGAGAUGGAGGAACUGAGGGGGAUCAAUGGCUUAAUGAAGACCCAAGAUGCGACUCUCCUCCCAAAGGACAGUGAUACCUCUGUGUGUUUAUCUGAAGAUGGGAGUUAUUGCUUCAAAGCCGGUGAUGAAAGGGUCAACGAACAGAUGGGGUUGGCUAGCAUGCACACAAUCUGGUUAAGAGAGCACAACCGCAUUGCCACCAAUCUGACGGCUCUUAACACGAACUGGGACAGCAACAGAAUUUUCCAGGAAACAAGGAAAAUUAUUGGUGCCAUGAUGCAGCAAAUCACCUACGGCGAGUUUCUGCCUGUUGUCCUUGGCAACAGGAUAGACACUUACAAUCUGAGACUUGCGUCAUCCGGCUUCAGGAACGUCUACCAGCCCGACAAGGAUCCGAGCAUCGUGAACGCAUUUGCCACAGCAGCAUACAGGUUUGGCCACUCCCUGAUAAGAAACAUAUUCACCAAGUACGACACUGACUACGCCAGUUACGAAGACAAUGAGCUCCAUGACAUCUUUGGUAGAACUAAUCUCAUCCAAUCCAUGACAUCUUCCAUCGGCGCCUGGCUCCGUGGUAUGGUAUCCGAGGAAGCAAAGGGUGUCGACAGGUUCAUGACUACUGAAUUGACCAACAAACUCUUCGAGGAGGCUCCACAAACCGGUCUUGACCUCGCAGCCUUGAAUAUCCAGAGAGGUCGAGACCAUGGUUUACCUGGUUACAAUGACUGGCGGAAGAAGUGCGGCUUGCAUCCUGCUCAGAAUUUUGAUGACCUGCGAGAUAUCGACGCCGAAAGUCAACUUCUAUUGUUCGCCCUUUACGAUAGCCCUGACGACAUUGAUCUAUUCACUGGUGGAUUGGCUGAGAGGGCAGACACCGGUUUGGUGGGGCCAACGUUCUCGUGUAUCCUGGGGAAACAGUUUCAGAGCUUGAUGUCCGGCGACAGAUACUGGUUUGAAACGGACGACCGAGACACCCACUUUAGGCCUGAGCAACUGGCAGAAAUUAGGAAGGCAUCCUUGUCCCGUGUUCUGUGCGACAACACCGACACGACAUCCAUCCAGCGCAAUGCUUUCAAGACAAAGACGACAACAGGAAAUUCGGUUGAAAUGUGCGAGAAUGGAAACAUUCCUAGCAUGGAUCUGAACAAGUGGAUCGACAAUUCCUCCCGUCCUCGGCCUCAGCCUCAGCCUGGGCGUGGCAAAUAAACUGUCGGCGAUAUUAUAACAGACAAACCUAUUGUUAGAGAACUCUGACGAGAGCUUAUAAAAGGAUACAAGAAGCUA